AUGCUGACUACGACCCUGCUGCCCUUUGGGCUGCCCGCUCCGGCCCUGCUGACUCACCCCGGCCCCCAGCUCCCCGGACACUCCCCCAAGGCUCCGGCGGGGAAAUCCUUCACCAUCAACGCUCUCCUGGGCCGGGCAGACCCCUCACCGCCGCCGCCGCCACCUCCUGGCCCCGGGCGCUGGGACCCCGUCUGGCCAGACAGCGCCUGGCCGGGCGGUGCGCUCCAGCUGUGCGCCCAGGCGCAUCCCCUCCUGCAGCCUCGGCCGCUCUAUCCCGUCUGCUACCCGGGCUGGCGGGCCCCUCUGAGAGCCCCAGGGUAUCUGCUCUCCAAAUGCUGCUUCCCAGGCUUCAGAGCCAAGUCGGGCAAAUCCAAGCGGGUCAGGACCAUCUUCAGCAGCGACCAGCUGGCCCGGCUGGAGAAGGAGUUCGCCCGGCAGCAGUACAUGGUGGGCACCGAGCGGUGUCUGUUGGCCUCCGCUCUCCACCUCACCGAGGAGCAGGUAAAAGUGUGGUUCCAGAACAGACGGAUUAAGUGGAGGAAGCAGAGCCUGGAACAGCAACAAGCCAAACUGGUGAAGAUGGGUCUGGCCACUCCCCAAAGGAGCCAGGAUUCGCAGACCUACCAGAGAGAGGAAGGGGACAGGGACUUUACCAAGGAAUCUACCAAUGAUCAGGAAGGUUUGUCCUCCCCUCACUUGGAGUAAUCUACUGCACAUCUCUCUGGACAGACUCUCCUGUUCUGUGCUUCGGGUCCUCACCCCUGUACAUACUGUAUUAUAGCUGGCAAUGUGCAUA